AUGGCAACUCAGGUCCUCAACGCGUCUUUGGUCGCGCCUCCCGCAUAUGCCACCAACACCUCCGAGAAGCGUGUCUUCCAUGGUGUCACUGGGGCAGCCUAUGUUCUCCCUGCCGACAUUGAAGAGGGAGAAAGACUUGAUUCUCAGCACGAGAUUGUCAAGCACAUCUUCGGCAACCGCAUAUUGUAUGCGCCUAUCGCCAUCUCUGGCGACGACGAAGUCCUGGAUAAUGGUACCGGUACUGGAGCCUGGAUUUUCGACAUGGCCCAAGCCCUCCCUCCCUCAGUAUCCUUCUACGGCGUCGACCUGCACACGCGCCUCGUGCCCGCGCAGCCGCCCUCCAACAUCCACUUCUCCGCGACCUCGUUCCUCGACCUCCCCCCUUCCUGGUCCUCCAAGUUCGCCCUCGUGAACCAGCGGCUGAUGGUCGCCGCGCUCAAGCAGGACGAAUGGACGACGUGUGCGCGCGAGAUCAUGCGCGUCCUCCGCGCGGGCGGGUGGGUGCAGCUCGUCGAGAUCUGCGCGCACGUCUUCACGACGACGGGCGCGCGCGAGGAGGACGGCACGCGGAUAUCGGACAUGAUGGGCCACCUCUUCCGCCGCAAGGGCCUCGUGCAGGACUGCUACAAGGACCUGUCGGGGCUGCUGCGCAGGGAAGGGUUUGUGAACGUGAGUGUGGAGGAGCGCAGCGUGCCGCUGGGCGAGUGGAGCGGGGAGGACGGCGCGCGGUCGCUGUAUAACCUUGUUGGCGUGUAUAGGGCGCUCAAGAACCCGAUUCUGGCGGCUGGCGGGUUCGGGAUGGUGAACAGCCCGGAGGAGUACGAUGAGUACGUCGACCGGUUCGUGAAGAGGUGCAAUGAGCGAGAGGGCAUUGUGACAAAGUGGUAUGCGAUUUGCGGACAGAAGCCUGAGUGA